CUUUGCUCUGAGACAGACAGGUGAACAAGCCUCCAGACUUCCAAGAAGACAGACCUGACAGUGCUGCAGCCAUGGGCCGCUGGAAGAUGAACUCAAGACACUUAACAUGGAUACACCUUGAAGCUACCUUUGAUCACUUUUAUUGGAUUUAGGUUCACUGUGAGUCAUAUAUUGCAGAUUAUAAUAACAAGAAUUCUAGUUUCAUUUUUCAGACAAAGGCAGCCUUUGCUCUGAGACAGACAGGUGAACAAGCCUCCAGACUUCCAAGAAGACAGACCUGACAGUGCUGCAGCCAUGGGUGAGUGGGGCUUCAUCAGUGGAUUCUUCGAUAUCCUCCAGACUGAGUCGCCGAUGCUGGGUCGUUUCUGGCUCAUCCUCACGCUGGUGUUUAGGAUAGUGGUCCUGGGAACUGUGGCCAGUGACAUGUUUGAGGACGAGCAGGAGGAAUUUACCUGUAACACCCUCCAGCCAGGAUGUAAGCAGGUGUGUUAUGACUUGGCUUUCCCCAUCUCCCAGUACAGAUUCUGGGUGUUUCAUAUAGUCCUCAUCGCUACACCUUCUCUGCUUUACCUCGUGUACGCCACACAUCAGCAUAACAAGAGUGCCAACAACUCCUCAUCAAGUGAAAAGACCAGCAGGGAGAAGAGAGAACAAAGAGCUUUAAGGACGCUCUAUAUUAUCACUCUGAUCUUCCGGAUAGUGGCAGAAAUCGGCUUCUUAAUUGUCCAGUGGUAUCUCUACGGCUUCAAGGUGGAGGCCCAGUUCCCAUGUGACCGAUUUCCCUGCCCCUACACUGUGGACUGCUUCGCCUCCCGACCUGCAGAAAAAACAGUCUUCCUCCUCUUCUACUUUGCUGUGGGGGUGAUAUCAGCAUUUUCCAGCGUUGUGGAGCUUUUCUACAGCUCUCGAAAGUGGUUUUGCUCAAAUCAGAAGAACAAUAUGGAACAAUAUGACCAAUGUGACUGCGAGAACCUCCACAACCACCAGCAAGAGGAGACAGAGGAAAAACCAGGAGUAAUGACAAUGUCAGAGAACAAAGCCAGCAUUGCAAGAGCGAAGAAGGGAUCAGUGAGAAGCAGCUACAGUCGAAAGGUCUACAGCAGUGGUCACAAGUGCAAAAGCCCACCAGGAAAAUAUGUGAGCACCUCGAGGCUUACAUUGUGAGAGGACUGACUCCAAUCACACUAUGUGUGAUUCAGAUUCUUUUCUAUUUUAAACCUGUGACUACAUCUUUAACUCCAUUUCAUUUGAAAUGAUUUCACUGUUGAUGUGUUAAACAGUAUUUACAGUGGGACACUUCACAAGGAUUGUUUGGAAAAUGAGCAUAGAAAACACUGAUGAUAAGAAGGAUGCAUGCAAGACAUUGUUGUUUCUGGUAAAUGAUUAAAGGCUGCAAACAGUUCAGGAAGGAAACAUUUUCUGGACUACGCUUGAUAAACUUGUUUAAUGCUGACUGUUUUAUUUGUAACUGUGUCCCUUUUGUAGCUGCCAGAGGCAGAAACUCUGACCCAGCAGAGGAUUCAGGUUGUACUGAUAGGAAAAAUAACCACGUCAGCCUUUCAGAGAAAAUGAAUAUUAUUCUUGUAGUUCCUGGGGAGCCACACUGACUGAAUUUUCUUGUACUGGGUUUUAAUUCUUUCUCAUUGUGUAGUAUAUCUGAUGAUGGCCAUCAUUGUUUUGGUCCAGAAUUUUGUGGCAAUCAACAACCUGAAUCAGAUUAUGACCUCCCUGGUGCAUUGGUCACUUUAGGUACCCGUCCAUUUAAAGGUAGAUUGGAGGUUUAACCAGCUUGGGCGUUAACUGACUUCAUAUUCCAGUUGCCUGGAACCAAAAAUGAAACAUUGCAGUAGAACAUGCAGAGAUAUCAAAUUCUAUGAUAUCACUAAAGUAAUAAAACAUUAACAGCAGCCCAUAAUAAAUACCUGCUUCUUUAUCUUUCAGUUAACAAAGUGUAAGAAACAGUUAUAGGCUAACACUGUAGUGAUGCAGGUUUCUCUCCAUUUUAGGAUUUAUAAAUACCCGCUGAAGUACUCUCCUGUACUAGGUGUUGCCACUCGGGAGAAGUCAACAUUUCUCAAACUGUGUUAGCAUCUUCCUCUGUAUAAUCUGUAAAUAUCUAAGUUUCUGUACUGACUGAUUAAAACGGCAGUAAA